CUGCUCAUUCAUUUAUUUCAUUUGCGUUUCUUUCCUUUUCCCCCAAAUACAAAAAAUUCACCACCCAACCCUUCCCUCUCUCUCUCUCUCUCUCUUAAUCCGCCCCCCGCCCACCCCCAGAUUCUUCGUCUUCUUCAAUGUUUCGCUGCUGAUUUCUCCAUUCUAUUCAUCGAUUCAUGCCUCUUUCCUCUUGAUUGAUUGAUUUCAUGCCCGCGGGAUUGCUUUUACUCUGAUAUACAUAACACACAUACAGAUUAAUUAAUCAAUCGCGCACGAAGAAGAAUAAGAGGAAGAAGAAGAAGAUGAGCAGUGGGGUUAAGGCAAGUGCGGGUAGGGUUUCGAUCCCCAGCGGCGUUAGGAAGACGAUCGAGAAUAUUAAGGAAAUUACAGGCCAGAAUCACUCCGAGGAUGAGAUUUAUGCAAUGCUCAGGGACUGUUCCAUGGAUCCCAACGAGACUGCGCAGAAGCUUCUUCAACUUGAUACGUUUCAUGAAGUACGGAGAAAACGUGAUAAGAGAAAAGAGAACCAGAAUAAGGAGCCAGCGGAAUUGAAGUGGAAGCAAGGUGCCCAGGCACGCAGCAGUAGAGUGAGCCGUGGGAACUAUUCAUUGCGGUAUACAUCUAAUGUCACUAGCGGUGGAAGGGGUGCAGUUGCUCCAAGGGAAAGUGCUACAAGUAACCUUCCAGAGAAAGGCAUUGGCAAAGUACCUGUAGUAGGUUCACAAGAUAUGAGAAAGAAUGCAGCUUCUUCCAUUGCAAGCCCAAUAGCCGCAGUAUCUAAUGGUCCAUCUGGUGUUACAUCUAAGGAUGCUAGUGUUGUGCAAGACAAUCAUGCUUCCCGAGGAGGUGUGAAUUUAUCCAAUACAUCAACUAGUAUCAAGAAGUCAGAGGGACCGCUUCAGCCUCAACCACGAGCCAAAUCAAUUGAAAAUGAUAAAAGUUUGAGAAACAAGGAUAUUCAGCAGCAACCAAUUCUGGAGAUUAGCACCAGUCCAGCACCUGCUUCGGGUUUUCUUACUUCUUCAGGUCCUGUGAUGUCAUCAUCUCAAGAUUUCUCCGUCCCCAGUACUGUGGGUACGGUUGAAGUGGGAAAUCAAGAUGUUACAGCUGAACUGAUUGGUGGUGGUAUAUCUGAGAGCAAAUCAUCUUCUGCUAAAACUUCUACUUCCAAGCUUGCUUUGCAAUCUGGAUCUGGAAGGAACCAGCCUUUAGAUCCUAUGCCAGUCACAUCUUCUACUGGUGGUGUUUCGAUCGGUAGCAGACCUGCAUCAAGCUACAACAACCGCUCUCAAGUGAUUGGGCAACAAAAAGUGGGUCCUGGCAAAGAGUGGAAACCAAAGUCUACUAAUGCCCAUAAUAGUCAAAGUGUUGCUACAGCUCCAUCAUCAGAGGCUUCUACAGUGUCUGUUGGUUGUCAUACUGAAUCUCAGACAACUCCUGUUGUUCCCACUUCAGAGGAAGCUACUCUUGGGAUGCAGAGGAAGUUUGAGGAGUUGCACAUCUCAGAUAGCCAACAUGUUAUUAUUCCUAAUCAUCUGCAUGUCCCCGAGGUUGCCAAGCUAGGAUUUUGUUUUGGAAGUUUUGAUGCUAGCUUUGGAUUGGAUGUGAACCCAAAUGGUGUUCCAGGGAGUGAUGAGCUUCCACCACUGUCUGAACCCCCCUCUGAAGCAACUGACGAACCAGUGCAGGAGCCACAAACAAGCAAUCAAAGUCCAUUGGCAGUUGCAGAGAAUACUGAAACGAAUUAUCCUGACUGCCCCCCAUCACCUUCACAACAGCCAGAAAAUGUUGCACCGAAUGAGGUUGAAGUCUCAUUGUCAGUAGCCCCUGAUUUUAGUGAGGCCAAACCAGAGGUCUCUACAGGAAGCCAUCAAACUGUGGUCCGUACUUCAUCAGCUUAUAACUUAGGUUUCAUCCCGUCAAUAUUGAGUGGUCAACUUACAUCUGAAAGUUCAGAAUCUCAAGCUCGUGAUGCCUCUCGACUUCCAAACUUUGUCGUGCCGCAAUCUUUUGAUGCAGCAAGCUAUUAUGCACAAUUUUAUCGUUCUGGUAUGGAUAGUGAUGGUCGCAUUUCCCCUUUCCACCCUCCUGGAGCUGCAAGCAAAUUCAAUGGAAAUGCUGCUCUUAUUUCUGCACAGACGUCCCAGGCUCCUCAAGAGUUGCAGGGCGGUGUUCCUCUCAUCUUGUCUACAGCUUCUCCUAGUCCCCUAGUUACCCAAGCUGCUGGGGUUAUGCAAAGCUCUGCAACCCAGCAACCUCUUCCCGUCUUCCGGCAACCUACUGGGGUUCAUCUACCCCAUUAUCCUCCAAACUACCUUCCUUACGGUCCCUAUUUUUCUCCAUUUUAUGUCCCACCACCAGCAAUUCAUCAGUUCUUAAGCAAUGGCGCGUAUCCUCAGCAACCUCAGGCUAGCAGUUUGCAUCCUACGGCACCUGGGACAGCUGCAAAAUACUCGGCCUCUCAAUACAAACAGGGAUCAAAUGCCGCGAGCUCAGCCCAUGUUGGAUUGCCUGGAAGCUAUGGCCCAUACGGUCUAACAAUGGCUAACUAUGCUUCAAGUUCAGCCGCAGCUGCUGUUACUUCGACAUCUAGUGAGGAUAUUGGCGGUCCUCAAAUAAAGGAUAAUAAUGUCUAUCCUGGUGGCCAACAGAAUGAAGGUUCUGGUGUAUGGUUCACUGCCCCGAAUCGGGACAUAUCUGCCUUGACGGCUAGUUCUUUCUACAAUCUCCCUCAGGGUCAAAUUGCUUUCACCCCAACUCAGCCCGGGCACGGAGCCUUCACUGGGAUUUUCCACCCGGCCCAAGCAAUGACUGCCGCAAAUGUUCAUCCCCUUUUGCAGCAAUCUCAACCCAUUACCAAUGCCAUGGAUAUGGCGGGUCCAACAGCCAAUGUCUACCAGCAGCCGCAGCAUGCACAACUUAAUUGGCCGAGCAACUACUAAAUAGACGUCUCUUUCCCCAAGACAGCCACAGGUUCAAAUCUGCAAAUCUAAUGCCUCGAUGGGAUAUAUUUCAAAGAAGUUCUAAUUUGAUGAGAGAGAAAAUUCGGAAGCCACAGGCGCAAGGAGUGUAAAGUAAUGGAAGAGGCCAAUAAAAUCGGCUGAUAUAUUUUUGUGGUCUUCCCAUAGACUUAUUAACAACCUUUUUAGGUUAAAAUCGAGGCCAGAAUGUCCCGACCAUCCCUUUCUUGCUUCUCAUGUGUGGUUUUGUCGUUCCAGUGAUAUACCUGGGGAGCCCUUCUAUAGGUUUCUCUCUUCAUUCUUAAUUUGUUAGUUUUAGUAUAGAUUUCGAUUCUUUUUCUCUUUUUUAUUUUUUGUUGUUUUAUGGUCUCAUCCACCUCGGACCUCUUUGUGGUGUCGUGCCUGUAAAGUGAGAAUUUUGUUUCGGGUAGCAAGGAAAAGAUGUGUACCUAGCAGCUGUUGUAACUGUGGCCUCGAUAUAUUUAUAUGGGGAAUUCUAUUGUUUAUGAUAAAAAUUGCAGCAGCGGUUCUACUUUGCAGGUU